AUGGCGUCUCUACACUCAUCUGCCAUGGUCCUUCUGGCCCUUGCGGGCAGCACUGCUGCAAUAGCCUCAAGCUCCUCGGCAGCCGCUCCCACCGGUCUCUCAUAUCCGUCCGGGUUUGAUAUGAAAACAAGCUGGGCCAACCUCAGCCCCUAUGCCGAUGCAUCAGGUUUCAAUGUCUCCAAGGGUUUUCCAUCGGAGUGUGAACUGUCGCAGGUGCAUGUGCUACACCGCCAUGCCCAGCGGUAUCCGACACAAUGGCCUCUCGAUGGAGAGAGCAUGGAGAACUUCGCCCAAAAGCUGGUCAACUACACCAAGAAACAUCCAAACAAGAAGAUUGGCUCUGGAUCUCUGGCUUUCUUAGACGAUUGGGAGUAUAUGCUUGGUUUGAACACUCUCCUCCCCACUGGCGCCGCCACCGAAGCCACUUCCGGCGCUCAAUUCUGGAGUCAGUACGGCCGAUUGCUCUAUCGCGCAGAAGGUGGUGAUGCGGCCUGGGAUGCAUCGUUAAAUUUGUAUCCCAAUGGUACCGCGCGCCCAAAGCCGACUUUCCGCACGACCUCGUACCCUCGAAUUUUGGAGAGUGCUCGCUGGUGGCUGAGUGGCUUCUUUGGAAACACAGGAGGCAACAGUUCAUACUCGGAGUACAAUCUGACUAUUAUCCCCGAGGUCGAAGAUUUCAACAACACCCUAUCGUCGACCGAUUCCUGUCCCAAUGGCAUGGAGCCGGGUGACAACGCUGCCCGCGUAUUCGCUUCGUCUUUUGUCAAAAAUGCCCGGAAGCGCCUUGCUGCACACCUUCCCGGAGACCUGAAGCUCGAUACCCUCGACAUCCUGGCGAUGUUUAAUAUGUGCCCCUACGAGUAUGCGACUCUGGGCCAAUCUUCUUUCUGCGCGCUGUUCACCGAGCAGGAAUGGCGCGACUUUGAAUAUUACAUCGAUCUCCAAUUCUACGGUGACUACGGGCUCGGUUCCCCAAGUGGCCGCGCCCAGGGAAUUGGAUAUGUUCAGGAGCUGGCAGCGCGCCUGCAAUCCAAACUUAUCACAAGCAGUGAUAGUAGCAUCAACUACACGUACGAUGACAACAUCAAGACUUUCCCUCUCGACCAGCCACUAUAUAUGGACAUGUCCCACGACGAUAUAAUCGUGUCUGUACUGGCUGCUUUGGGUCUGGAUUACUUCAAGUACGGUCCUCACGGCCUGCCUGUCUCGGUUGCGCACGCCCCGCCCCGCAACUUCAACCUGAACCAAAUGACUCCCUUUGGCGCUCGUCUGUUCUCUGAGGUUUGGACCUGCCCCAAGGAUAUCACGUUCAAGAAUCUCCAGGUGCAGAAGUACAAGAACCCGGAUCUGUCAUCCAAGUCUGAUACUACCAAGUACAUCCGGUUUGUGUUGAACAAUGCGCCCGUGCCUCUGGAUGGUCUGAAGGUCUGCGAUGGUUCUGUGAAUGGAUUCUGCAAGGUUGAAAAAUUCCUUCGCGCUAUUCCCGAUCUCAACAAAGAGGCCAUGUACCAGGAAGCUUGCUAUGGUGACUAUAACAUCACCAGCCAAGUGGGCAAUGGGCAGCCGAAAAAGCCUUAA